AUGACUUCGCUUGCUGCAGUUAGGGUGUCGAAUGCUCAGCUGACCAGUUCUACCCUUCCCAAAAUUGCCGUCUUUGUUGGUGCAACCUCUGGGAUUGGUCGCGCAACCUUGACGCAGUUUGUCAACAAGGGCUACUCUUUGAAGGCCUAUAUUAUCGGUCGAAACGAGGAAGAAUUUCGGCCGGUGCUGGGCGAGCUGCAUGCUUCAAAUAGGUCCGCUGAGCUGAUCUUCCUGGAGGGUCAAAUCUCUCUCAUGGCAGAGACAACGCGCCUCACGGAUGAGAUCCUUCGCCGUGAGGAACACAUCGACCUGCUUUACCUUUCCGCUGGUUUUCUGCCCUUCCUUGGGCGCCAAGAAACUUCGGAAGGGCUGGAACUUUCAACCGCCGUGGGAUACUACAGUCGUCAGAUUUUCAUUCGACGCUUGCUCCCACUUCUUCGAGCAGCAUCUAAGUCUGACACCGAGGAGUAUACCCCCAGAAUUGUGAAUGUCCUUGGCACGGGCGUGGAAACAGCCGACUUGUAUCUGGAUGACCUUGAGCUAAAGCAACCCGGACACUUCAGUGUCCAAAGCUAUGCCCACCACAGCGCGACCAUGACCUCUGUAAGCCUCAAGCGACUCGCAGAACAGCCAGAAAACAGUGGAAUUACCUUCAUCCAUCAUCAUCCAGGUCUAGUCUCGACUGAGAUUUUCAAAAAAAGCUGGGGUGAUCAGUGGAGCGAGGAUAGAGCAGCAGGAGGGCCUAGUGCCCCGUCAGAUAUGACGCGAUCCAGUCCCGAGGAGGCGGGAGAACGUUCUAUGUAUGUGAUGACUAGCGCUCAGUAUGGUGGGAAAGGUAUCGCCUUGACAGAGGGGCAGAAGCAAGGGCGUACCGUCCACGGGACAACGGAAGGGUCUCUUUUCUGUGUUGGCGCCAAGCUGGAAGCUUUGCAACUCGAUGGGCUUCUAGGAAAGUUGGAGGGAAACAGUGCUUCCGAUAUUAUCUGGAACAAGACCGAGGAGCUCAUUGGAAAGUAUCUCUGA